AUGUCGUCGCCGUCGAGGUGCGACGCCGCGCCCGCGGUGUUCGGCGGGACCGCGGAAGGCGGCGGCGGCGGCAAGGGGAAGAGCGUCUACGCCACCGCGUCCUUACGCGGCGAGGACCGCUACUUCGCGGAGCCGGACGUGCAAUCGCUCACGACGCGCCGACGCGACGCGGGGAAGCUCGUCGACGAGACGGACGCGGACGACGACGCGGACGCGGAGUUCAGCGGCGACCUGCUCGGUGAGUGCAACCGCGCGUCCUCUCCGAACAGAACGUCCUCUCCUCCGCGCCCGCCGCCGUCCCCGGCCGCCUCCUCCGUCGCGCCUCCGAACCCUAAACACGCGAACAUUUCAACCCUAAACCCCGCCGCCCUCCCUCCCUCCCGCCCUCCGUCGCUAAACCCUCCUUCAUCAGGGUGCUUCGCGGUGUUCGACGGCCACGUGAGCGCGAAAGCCGCCAAGUUCGCGCGGCGCCGGAUCCUCCCGACGUUGCUCUCGCACGGCGCGGACGCGCCGGGGAGCCCUCUCGAGACGUCGUGCGUCGCCGCGUUCCACGCUCUGGAGGAGGACUUUCGAAGGUCCGUGGCGUCGCCGUUCAGCCGAUGCCUUCCGUCGGGGGGCGGCGGCGCGGCGUCGAGAAAGGGCGGGGGCGCGUCGAGGAAGAAUUUGAAAAACGCGAAGAAGAAGACGACGACGACGAAUCCGUCCGGGUUGACCUCCGACGGCGUCGGCGGCGCGCAGACGACGCAGAAAAAUCUCGCGAGGAACGCGCACGGCGGCACGACCGCGUGCGUCGUCUUCCUGCAGCGCCGCCGCGGCGGCGUGAUCCCAGGGUACAAAGGGCAUCACGCGCGGCGGAGCGACUCGGUCGUCGCCGAACGCGUCGACUUGGGCGCGUUCUCCUCCUCACACCGGUCCCCAUACGACCGCGUUCGCGUUGUGCACGCCGAUCCUUAA